CUCCCCCAAUUUUACUGCGCAUGUGCUAACAUCACUGGGCAUGCGCAGUAAGGACAGCGACCUCGUGUACUGAAGAGAGAAAGGAGACGAAAUGCCCACUUACUUCCAAAAGCCAGAGAAUGCUCUGAAAAGGGCAAAUGAGUUCAUCAAGGUGGGAGAGAAGGAGUCUGCUUUGGCAGUACUUAACGAUGUCCUGCGUAGUCGCAAGCAUCGUGGGAAGUGGACGAGCACUCACGAGGACAUCAUGCGUCUCUUCACCCAGCUCUGUAUUGACCUCCAUCGCAGCUCCUAUGCCAAGGACGGUCUCUACCAGUAUCGCAACAUCUGCAAGGAGACUAACCCAGCCUCUUUUGAGAAGGUCGUUAAAGAGUUUCUAGAAAAUGCUGAGAACAAAGCGUCUGCUGCUCGUGCCAAAUCAGAGCAAGCUGUACUACAAGACGUUGAGGACCUGGACAAUGAUGUCACCCCAGAGAGCCUCCUCCUAAGCACUGUGAGUGGGGAGGGGGCCAAGGAGCGCAGUGAUCGUGUUCUCCUCACUCCCUGGGUCAAGUUCCUGUGGGAAUCAUAUCGUAACAUGCUCGAGCUGCUCAAGAACAACAACACUGUACAGACUGUGUACGCCUCAGUUGCCAAGGACGCAUUCAAGUUCUGUCUCAACUUCCAGCGAAGGACAGAGUUCAGGAAACUAUGUGACACGCUGCACAACCACCUCACGCAAGCACAGAAGUAUCAGAACCAAACCUACUCACUCAAGUUCGAUCAACCUGAUACUGUGCAGUGUCUGGUGGACGUGCGCUUUGAACAACUGGAGAGCUCAAUUAAGAUCGACCUAUGGCAGGAGGCGUUUAGAGCUAUUGAGGAGAUCCACCACCUGUUGGGUAUCGGAGGGAAAGCCCCCAAACCUGCUCUGCUGGAUAACUUCUACGCCAAGCAGGCCAAGGUGUACUGGAUGGCUCAGAACGCACUCUUCCAUGCUGCUGCUCUCCAUAAGCUGUUUGUGUUGAGGAAGGAACAGAAGAAGACCUUCAGUACAGAGGAGGCUCAGCAGACAGCGUCCCAGGUUCUCCUUUCCACUCUAUGUAUCACUAUAGAGCCAGUGCCCAGUAAAACGGAUCGAUUCCUCACAGUGGAUGAUGUUACUCUGGAUAAGACACGGCGACUCUCUGCCCUCCUACGCAUGACCACACCCCCAACCAGAGCAUCACUCCUCAGAGAACUGAUUGGCUAUGGCGUGGUGGAGCACGCCUCCCCUGAAAUACGACAGUUGUACAACUAUCUAGAGGUGGAGUUUGACCCACUACUGCUGAGUCAGCGUGUCGUGCCCAUACUAGAGGGACUGAGAGAGAACACCGAGCUGUGUCAAUAUGUCGAUGCCCUCCAGGAGAUCACACUCGUGCGGCUCAUUAAACAGGUGUCACAAGUGUAUGAUAGUAUCGAGUUUGACCGUCUGGCACAACUAGCACCCUUCACUAAUAUCACCCACCUGGAGAAGGUUGUCGUGGAGACAGCCAACGCUAACAAUAUACCGGUUCGUAUCGACCACAAGGGGAGGAGUCUAAGCUUUGGACGUGAGCUAAGCUUCUCACACAAAGUGGAGGCGCCUGAGGGCCCUCAUGUGCAGGCUAUGCCCUCUGAGGUGUUGUGUAGUCAGCUGACUCGGAUGUCAGAAGCCUUACAACAGGCAGUGCGGAUCAUCGCACAGCAAGAGAUAGAAACAGAGCUCAUGGCCAACGCUAAGAAGGCCACUCAAGAGUACAUAGGUCAUUUCCGUGGCGACCACCGACAGAUGUCCCAGAGGAAGAACCUCGUUGAGUCCAGGAAAGAGUUCAUUGAGAACACCAACAAAGCCAAGCAACAAGAGGAGUGGAGUGAGCGGACUCGUCGUGAGCAUCAAGAACGUCAGGCAGAGAAGGAGAGGCUUCAGAGGGAGGCUAAAGAGAGGGAGGAGCAACGGAAGAAUGCAGAGCUUAAGGAGUUAAAGAGACGCAAGGCAGAGGACAGACUUGAGCUACUCAAGAAGACACCUGUUGGAGCACGUGCCCUGGCUGACAUCAAGCCUGAGGACCUUGACGACCUGAACGCUGAAGAUAUUCUCUCCAAACAACUCAAGCAAAUGGAGAAAGAAAAGAAAGAUAAAGAUGGACGCCUGAGAGCACAGGAGAAGAAGGUGGAUUAUCUGGAGCGUGCCAAGCGUCUUGUGGAGGUACCUCUCAUCAACAGCUGGUAUGAGGAGCAGAGGGAGAAGGACCAGCGAUUCCAUGAGGAGCAACAGGAGGCAGACAUUGCCCAGGCCAUAGCAGAUCGUAAAGAGGCGGAGGAGGUCAACUCUCGACUGAGUCGUAUGAGAGGGGACGAGGGAAAGUUCCGGAAGGAGAUGGAACAGCGACGAAUAGACACCCUCAAGGUGAAGCUUGAGUCCUUUGAGGCCGUGUUGAGUAAGGCCAGAGAAGAAAGGCUGGCUAAGAGGAAGGCAGAACGUCAAGAGAGGAGGAGGGCCGAGGCUGCUGCCAUUGCCACUGCUGAGCAGGAGAGACUCACACGCCUCAAGGCUGAGCAGGAGAGAGAAGCACUGGAGAGCAAACAGAGAGAUGUGGACAGAGCCAGAGAAGAACAACGACUCAAGCAAGAGAAACGAGAGCGGGAGAUAGAGGAACGAGACCGUAAGAAAGAGAAGGAUGAGAGGGGACCUGAUGACCGUCGUGGUGAUAUCAGAGGGCCACCUCGGGAAGAGAGCAGCUGGCGACGCAAGUCACCUGACCCAGAGGACAGCAAGUACCCGCCAAGACGUGAGGAGGAGCCACGGAGGGCGUACAAACCCCCCAGCAUGAGGAGUGCCGACACAGGGGGAGGAAACUGGAGGCGAGAAGACAGGGGAGAUAGGGACAUAGACAGGAGGGGACCACCGAGGGGCCGUGAUGACUAUGAUGGUCCAAGAGGACGUGAUUCAUACGAUAGCCCGAGGGGUGGGCGAAGAGGCGGAGAUGAUGAUCGUGGAAGAAGAGACUUUGGAGGAGAGCGAAGAGUUUACGAUGAUCGAAGACCCCCCGGAGGUGAUCAAGAUGAGGAGUCGUGGAGGAAGCCAAGGGAUGAUGACAGGCAAGCACCCCCUCGAGAAGAGCCCUGGCGUAGGGACGAUGGACCACCUCGCAGGGAUGAGGGGUCACGUUGGGGUCGUGAUGAUGGACCUCCUCGCAGGGAUGAGGGAUCACGCUGGGCUCGUGAUGAUGAUAGGAGAGGAGAUGAUCGCAGGAGCCUGAGGGCAGACGAUGCAGGUGGUGAUGGUUGGAGGCGUGGUGGCAGUAGUCGAUAUGGCAGUAGUGGAUAUGGUGGUGAUCGAGGUGGUGGAUAUGGUGAUCGAGGUGGUGGAUAUGGUGAUCGAGGAUAUCGUGGCGAUCGAGGUGGUGGAUAUGGGGGACGUGACAGUGGGCGUGGCUGGAGGGACGCUGGAGACCAUUCCCCUCGUGCCCCUGAGAGGAGGCGUGAUGCUUCCCCUAGGGACAGGGCAGACCACUCCCCCUCACAAAGAAAGGACGAUGACGGCUUCGAAACUGUCUCUAGGAAACGAUAAUAAAGAACUGAUCUUUAAUAGUGACUCAAAACUUUAAACUUUUAAUUAUUAGGUACGAUUUGUGUGUUCAUGUGCAUAGAAAUUAUUCAGAUUAA